UGUCAUCGCACAAUAGCGUCCUAUUUUUUGACAAACAAUAACAAACUCACAGAAAUCAUUGAAAUGUCGAAUUCAAUUUCGAUUCCGAGGAAAUUACCGCUGCUCCAGGUGGCUGACAAUAUUCUGCUGCCAGGGUCGUCAAUGCGAAUACCUGUCAGGAAUUUGAAGAACAUGAACAUGGUGAAAACUCAUCUCCUGGGCAGGAACACAUUGAGCAGCACGAUAAUCGGAGUGAUUCCUAGGGAGCCAUUGGAAGACUCACAGACUGAUGAACUAUCAACUCUCCACGCGAUCGGGACGGCCGCAGUCGUGGUUCAGGUGACGGGAACCAACUGGCCUAAACCAUCAUACACACUUCUUGUAACUGGUUUGUGCCGGUUUAAACUCGAACAACUUCUACAGGAAACUCCUUACGCUAUAGCGACAGUCACUCAACUUGAUAAACUAACCGAUGCAGAUGAUGAGUUGAACCAAAAUAGUGAGCUUGGACUAUUGGCAGUGAACUUCAGGGACCAGGCAGCCAAACUUGUGGACAUGCUUGAUAUCUCCAUCCCCGUUGUGUCCAAACUGAAGCGUAUGUUGGAGAGUGUACCGAGUCAACACCUCCCAGAUAUUUGUGCGGCCCUUGUAAAGGCAUCAAACACUGAGAAGAUACAGGUCCUCGAUGCUGUAGACCUUACAGACAGAUUCAAGAAGGCUCUCCCACUUCUAAUGAGGCAGAUCGAGGGUCUGAAGCUGCUGCAAAAGGCAAAGAAAGACAAGGCUAUUGAGAUACGUAUAUCGGGUAAAGAGGGUGGGAGGCCGUACAAUAUGCGGAGAAUAUUCCGGGGCAAAAUGAAGACAGAUGUGGAUGACGAGGAAAAUGAAGAAAAUGACGAGCUUAUGGACCUGGAAACCAAAAUCAAGAAUGCUGAGAUGCCAGAACACGCACACAAAGCUGCAAUGAAGGAGCUCAAACGCCUCAAGAAAAUGCCACAGCACAUGCCUGAACAGGCCAUGAUAAGGAAUUAUCUGGAACUUAUGGUGGAACUUCCGUGGUCUAAGAGCAGCACUGACUCACUUGACUUAAACCAGGCAAGAAGAGACCUUGAUACAGACCAUUUUGGCCUCGAGAAACUAAAAAAACGAGUCCUCGAAUACUUGGCUGUGCGCCAGCUGAAGAAAUCCCUUAAGGGACCAAUUCUGUGCUUUGUUGGGCCACCAGGAGUUGGGAAAACAAGUCUGGGCAAAUCCAUUGCACAUACUCUUGGACGGGAAUUUCACAGGAUUUCACUUGGUGGAGCAUGCGACCAGUCAGAUAUUCGUGGACAUAGACGGACGUACAUUGGGUCAAUGCCUGGCCGAAUCAUUCAGGGACUUAAGACAGUAGGCACAAACAAUCCGGUUUUCCUGUUAGAUGAAGUGGACAAACUGGGGAAGAGUCUGCAUGGUGACCCGGCAUCGGCCUUACUUGAGGUUCUCGACCCAGAGCAAAAUAAUUCCUUCACUGACCAUUACAUGAAUGUGCCAUUUGACCUCUCCCAGGUGAUGUUUAUAGCUACUGCCAACAACAUGGCCACCAUACCCCCUCCCCUGCUGGACAGGAUGGAGAUUAUACAGGUUCCAGGUUAUACACAGGAAGAGAAGGUCAGCAUUGCGAUGCGCCACCUCAAACCAAAACAACUACAGGAGCAUGGCCUAACGCUAGAACAACUGCAGAUUCCUGAUGAUUCCCUUAAAACUAUUAUAUCAAAAUACACUCGUGAGGCCGGGGUAAGGACGUUGGAGCGAAAGUUGGCGGCCAUUUGUCGUACCGUUGCAGUGCGCGUUCUUGAAAACAGCUCAACAGCAAAACGGGAAAAACAGAAGACACUCCAACCAGAAAAGGGCGGGGUGUCGGCAUCGAGUGAACAUCUAACGGAUGUGCUGUCUUCCCAUGAUGCAACAGCGCUCGCACAUCCUCCAGAAAUGCCAAUUGUAAUUGAUGAUACAGCUUUAGAGGAUAUACUGGGGCAACCUAUAUAUGAGAGGGAGAUCCCCGAGAGGCUUGUGCACCCUGGCGUAGCAAUCGGGCUUGCAUGGACGCCUAUGGGAGGAGAGAUAAUGUUUGUAGAGGCUUCAUGCACGGCGGGGGAGGGCGGACUGACCUUGACGGGACAGCUAGGGGACGUGAUGAAGGAGUCGGCCAGUCUUGCCCAAAACUGGGUCAAAACACAUGCCAAACAGUUAAACCUAGACGGGACAGAACUGUCAAAGAAGGACAUUCAUGUGCACUUUCCUGCCGGGGCUGUUGGCAAGGAUGGACCAUCAGCUGGCGUAACCAUAGCAACAGUUCUUGUCUCAAUGUUCAUACAGAAGUGCGUACGAUCAGACACGGCCAUGACAGGGGAAAUUACUCUAAGAGGCGUUGUCUUACCUGUUGGUGGGAUAAAGGAGAAGGUUCUAGCCGCCCACCGUGCUGGACUACGGAGAAUUAUUUUGCCCCGAAGAAAUGAGAAAGACCUACAAGAAAUUCCAAACAAUGUGAAGGCGGACCUUGUGUUUAUUCUAGUCAACGACAUUGAAGAUGUUUUGCGUGCAGCCUUUUAUGAUUUGCAAGUGCCGGUUGAUCCAUUUGUGACAAGCAAACUGUAAAAAUGGCUAUAAAUAACAGCAAAGUGAACUUGGGAUAGGGAGGCAUUAAACACUGAGCUAAAAUUUUCAGCCAAGUGACAAGCGAACUAGUGUGUUAUCUAGCAUUGGUGUUAGUGAAUCAAUCAUUAAUCAAAGUGCUUACUAAAAAUCACUUCAUGUCUAUCCUUACAUGGCAGACAUGUCAGAUGAUUUACAAAUAUAUAAAUAUAUUAAAUUGACUUUACAUGUUUCUGAUACUUCUACCAAUGGUAUACCUUACCUUUAACAUAAUUGAUAUGACUUGAAAUCAGAUAAUGACUGCUUUCAAUUAUAAUUUAUAUCUUUAUACUUAGUUUAACAAAAGAACAUCUUAAAUCUAUGUGCAUUUGUUUCUCAUUGUGUGACUAGUAAAUAAUUCCAUAUUUGUGUAUUUGUUAUGAACAGAUAUAACAAGGUGGUUUGGUUUCAUGUCAAUAUAAGUUCUGUUAUAUAAUCUGAAAUAUAAUUUAUGCAAAACAAACUUGUAAUUUUUUUUUUAUAUUUAACCGGAUUUUUAGCUAGAUUUUUCAUAAAAAAUCCAGUUUAUAGAUUGUUGAAAACUAUUGUCAUUAAAAAAAAGUUGUUUUUUUUCUAGCAUAAAUACAACAUGUUCUAUCAAAUCUUCAUGAAACUUGGUCAGAAUAUAUAGCAUGAGUAUAAAUAUUGGUCAUCUGUGGUCAAAAACUAGGUACCUAGGUCAUAUGUAAUGACAACAUUUUAUGUUAAAGAUUCUGAUUUCUAUCAUAAAUUCCGCAGUGUUUUAAAAUGAUCCAGCUUUAAUAUGAUUUCCCCAAUUAACCUCCUGUUGCAUCUUUAAGUCAGUAUUUGAAUGAAGUGAAUUUCCUAUUGGUUACUGCUGGUAAAUUCAGCAUUUGUUAAUUAUGAAAUAUAUAUAUAAUGUAAUUUGUAUGUGUUUCUCAUUGUUUUCUUGUUUUCAUGUUUAACCAACUGUGAUAAAUCUUUAUCUACAUGUACUUCAUGUUUGAUCUUUUUGUAUGCAAGUGUUUUAUGACAAACGCUUAAGUAUGGCAGUCCUGCAAAGAUGAUUUGAUGCUUCUAAACACACCAAAUUAUCUGUAAACAACAACAGUAGAACUUAAGGAUGAUAGCCUUACAGAAGUAAUGCUGACUUAUAAACUAUUGUGUUACCCUUUUAUUUAUGAAUGCAAACUACUCCUGCAUUUCAUGUUAUAUUUGGCAGAUUGUAGAAUGAAAAAUGAUGACACUUAAUGAUCUUGACAUUACAUUUAAAAGUUUCUCUAUAUAGCUCAAAAUAGUGAUGGACAGGGCCGGUUCUCGUAAAACAUCUCAAGACGUUUACAUAUCUCAUUGGUAUUAUAAUAUAAUUUCUUGAUAACUACUGUUUUUUUCAUCAACCUUAUUUAAAAUUUUCAUAUAUAUGCUAAUGCUCAGACAAAAUGAACCUUUUAGAGCAAUGCAGCAUGAAAAUGUUUUAUUUGUUCCAUAUAUGUGUAUAUGUAAAAUUAUGUAAAAGUUAAUAAAAAUAAAUGAUUUAAACU